UAAACCUGACACCUUGCUCUUUUCUCUCUCUCCAGCAUUCAGGCAGGUUGAAAUCUAAAAGAUGUCGUCAGGCGCUCUCUUUCCAAGCUUGGUGAGCGGCUCCAGGGGAAGCUCCAGCAAGUACCUGGUGGAGUUUCGUGCCGGUAAAAUGACCUUGAAGGGGAACGUCGUGACACCGGACAAACGCAAGGGCACGGUGUACGUCCAGCAGUCCGACGACUCCCUGAUCCAUUUCUGCUGGAAGGACAGGACGUCUGGGAAUGUGGAUGAUGAUCUGAUCAUCUUCCCCGAUGACUGUGAAUUCAAGAGGGUGAACCAGUGCACCACAGGACGUGUCUACGUGCUGAAGUUCAAGGCCGGAUCCAAGAGACUGUUCUUCUGGAUGCAGGAGCCAAAGACCGACAAGGACGAGGAGCACUGUCGUAAGGUGAACGAGUACCUUAACAACCCUCCCAUUCCUGGAGCGCCAGGCAGCGGAGGCGGCAGCGGCCAUGAGCUCUCCGCACUCGGGGGAGAGGGAGGCCUGCAAAACCUGCUGGGAAAUAUGAGCCACAACCAACUGAUGCAGCUGAUUGGACCAACAGGACUUGGAGGACUGGGAGGUCUGGGAGCUCUAGCAGGACCAGGACUUGCUAACUUGCUGGGUAGCGGAGGACCAGCCACUAGCAGCUCCUCCUCCAGCUCUCGUAGCCAAUCAGCAGCAGCUACUCCUUCAUCAGGCGGGGCCUCUCGGCUGAGCUCCUCUCAGGCCCCCACCACCCCUGUGACUCCUGCUGCCUCAGCUGUCUCCCCUACUACUGUUGCUCCCUCCACACCAGCCUCGGCUCAGACCCCAGUGGUCCCAGCCUCUGUUGGAAGCCCCGGCUCCCACCAGCCCAUCCAGCUCAGUGACCUUCAGAACAUCCUCGCCACCAUGAACGUGCCGGCUUCUGCGGCUGCUCAGGGAUCAGCGGUGGACCUGGCCAGUGUUUGCACCCCAGAGAUGAUGGCUCCCAUCCUGACUAACGCCGAGGUCCAGCAGAGGCUCCUGCCGUUCCUCCCCAGCGGAGAAAGUUUACCUCAGAGCGCUGAGGAGAUCCAGAACACACUGAACUCGCCUCAGUUCCAGCAGGCGAUGAGUAUGUUCAGCAGUGCCUUGGCCUCUGGGCAGCUCGGCCCUCUCCUGAGUCAGUUCGGUCUGCCGGCAGAAGCUGUGGACGCUGCCAACAGAGGAGAUGUGGAGGCGUUUGCCAAAGCCAUGCAGGGCAGUAAAGGAGACUCCAAAGAGAAGAAAGAUGACGACGAGGACAUGAGUCUGGAUUAGAGCUCACGCUGCCGAGCAACUCAACUGAGUCAAAUCUGUGAUUCCUCUUUAUUUCUUUAUUUCCCCCCCCCUCUUUCAUGUUACCUUUCUAUACCAAAGGCAACACUCUGCUUCUUCUCAGGACGAACAGCACGGGUCAGCAGAGCCGUUUUCACUGUGACCACCUUGUAAACCCUCCGACCUGACCUCCGUUUAGUUCUACUGAACCUUACUUUUACUCUGAAAGGACAGUUUUGUGUUCGGGGACUGAGCCUUAAGUUUGAUUUUACUUUCUUCCUUUUGUUACCACAGUUCAGACUGUCAGCGAGUGCGGAUACUUUCAGGCUUUUUGUGAUUUACUCUUUAAUAAAAAAAAUCAUACUGGCAAACAACAA